AGCUAUUUGACCUUUGACCUAAUAACAUGGCGUCUUGUUGCUAAGAGAAUCUUUCGUGUAGCAAGAAACCGCGGAUUUUGGAUGAUUUGGGUGGAUACACACUCGGUUACGGGGAUUAUUUCAGUGCAAUGACAGCAGCAGAGCCUGUUCUAGCAUUCAACGCCUUCGAGAAGCAGCUACGAGGGCUGUGUUUGCGUGAGUUUCCGUGCGGACUCGGAUCAUGGAGAGACAGCAAAGCAAAGAGUAAAUCUGCAGUCACCACCAGAGACUACAAUGUACAGAUAGAGCACCGUGAGACGUUAGAGGAGUUUGUUACGCUGAAACACUCACCGUGGAACAUCGACUGCAGCUGGAGUAACGAGGCGCGGGAACUGCGGGAGCUCGCCGUCAAGUCUCCCUGGCUCAUCGAUGAGAAAUUCAUCAUGAAGUUCUUCAAAACAUUGAAAAUCAUUGACAAACAGAUCACAGAAGUGGAUGCAGGCCUUUUGGGUUUUCCUAACCUGAAGGAGUUGACUCUCAGCGUUAACCUCCUGGAACAUGUGAACUCUACACACCUGCCUCCUAACCUAGAGGUAUUAGAGCUAUGUGCCAACCAGAUCAGAACCCUGGACUCCCUGUGUGUGCAGCCCCCACCGCUGCUGCAUCUGGGGUUAGGGUAUAACCACAUCACAGAUGUGGACGAGUAUCUCACAGGGCACUACUGGCCUAAACUCUUGUCCAUUGAUCUUGGCUUCAACCACCUGAGUGACUUGUUAGAUGUUGUCAGGAAAGUGUCUGAACUUCCCAGACUCAGGAACCUGGUACUGCAGGGAACCCCUCUGGCACUUGUUCCAGGCUACAGAGGUUACACUAUUGACAGUCUGAAGAAACUGAGCAUUCUGGAUGACCAGAGAAUCAGUGCUGAUGAGAGGCACCGCUUCAAGGGACUCGCCAAAAAGAAAGAGGUGAUACUAGAUGAAGCUAAAGUAACAGUGAGUAUCAGCCUGGUGAAGGGUGUGCCCAUGCCGGAGGAGCUCCAGCCGACAGAGGACCAGCCCGAGUUUCCCGUGGUGACCAAGACGUACCACGUGGUGUACGAGUUUGUGGACGACAUCCCCAGCACGGGGGUGGGGCUGCUGCUGGACGACUCCCGGGGGUUUGGACCUCUGGACACGGCUGGAAACAGUGACCUCACUGGUCUGGAAUCUCCUGAACCCCCUCCCAUGUCGAUGGAACAUUCUGUCAGAGAGCCCAUCCUAGAGGAGCCACUCCCAGAAAUGGAAGAGCCCAAGUUUCCCGGGGACCGCAGACCCAUCAUACCAGAUGUUCCUCCACAAACUGCAGAAAGCAUUGAUCCACCCAUGACCAAAGACGAUCACUUGGAGCCCCGCCCGUCCAUAUUUAUAACCACACCCGGAGGAGGGGAACUGGAACCGACCUUGACCCCAAGAAGUGAAAGAAUAAUGAGAGAUGAGCCGUCCAUAGUGGUGACCACUGCAGAGGGAGUGGAGGGCCCCCUGAGUGACACACAGUCCAACGCACCACAGGAAAACAUGGAGGAAGAACCCGCACAGGGGACAUACACGUUACGACAGGUGAAGACAGAAGGGCGCCCAUGGGCUGAGGCAGAAAUCCCCAUGGAGUAUGAACACGACAUAACGGUGGACAAUCUGCUAGGACUGAGGGACUUCUUGCAGAAGGGUCUCAUGAUCUCCCUUAUAGAAGAAAAGGUUUUGUCCUGGCCAAUCGAUGAAGACGAGGAGAGAACCAAUCUUGGGUCCAAGGACAAGAAGAGGGAGAAGAGUGCCAAAAGUGACAAGACCAAGGGCAAGGACAAGGGAGGGAAGAGUGGUACAUCAGACAAGAAGAAAAAGACCCCUGGAGUUGAACUGAGGCACUCCCCCCCUGAGACCAGAGUGUUGGGGACCUACAGCCUAUCUCUGGAACAGAUGCUGGAGGGAGAAACCACUCUGAAUGGGGAGUACACCUUGGAAAAAGUGGUGGAAGUGAAGGAGGUUAAAGAGGAGGAAACUUUAUCUGACAAAAAGGACAAGAAAUCUCGAGGUGGGAAGAGAGCGAGAACGCCCUCUGCCAAGAAACGUGAGAAGGACAAGGGCAAAGAAAAGAAGCCCGACAGCAGGAAGGAAUCCAGGGACAAGAAGAGGCCCGGAUCUGGAGCAGGGAAGAGUGACGAUGAAGAGGAGAAGCUCCCCCCUCCCCCUCUCACUGUUCAGUUUAAAAUCAAACUGCACCAGUGGAAGACUGCUGCUGAUAGUAUGGGAGCAAGUAAAACAGAGACGAGGACUGAAACACAGCUGAUCACAGCAUCAUAGUCAUUUCUGUUCUGAUCGGUCCAGGUGUGCACCUAAUAUUGCACUAGUUUUUAACCCCAGAUCUGAUUUCAUGUUGGAAGAAAGUAUGUAUGAAAGUUUCCUCUUUUUAGCCAUGCUGAAUAUGCUUGAAGCUGCCAGAAGUCUCUAAUGAACUCAUUUGAAGUGUUCAUCUUAGAUGAUCUGACAGUAAAUUUGCAUUUAUGUUGGUCUUUUUGGACAUUGCAUGUACAUAUGAUAUACUAAUGUACUGAUAUGUAUCAAAUGCGUACAACUUUAUAUAGUACACUUAUAGUAUGUACACUUAUGACACAAACUACACUUAUGACACAAACUACAUUUAUGUUAGAAACCAAAGUACAUUUGUAUGUAGCAUAUGAGGAUUAAUAAUGAAAAAGAUCAUGAGAAGUUUUCUAUUUUUGCUAUAUUACAUCAAGGAUACAUGAUAGGAAAAUAGUUUAUGGCAAACUCAAAUAUCAUUUAUGAUCCAAUGUAUCCACACAUUAAAAUUGUUGUUUUAUAAUUGUAGGUCUUCCCUGAAACCCACAAAGAAGGAACUUGUUUUCCUGUUUCCCAUGGAAAUAUGAAUCUUUUUGUAUCUGUUUGAAUACUGUGCUACAUGACAAUAUUGUAUAAUAAGGGUCCUGAAUCAUUGAAAUCUUUUGUGUAAAUAUAUACCAGUUUUGUUUUCAAA